AUGAGGGAGCAGUGUGUGGACGUGCUGCUGCUCUUGGCCUGUGUCGUCUCUCUUCUGCCUGUGGGUGGCGCUCAGAGCGACUUCACCUGGCGGCACAACGGGCAGGUGUUCAGUCUGCGCAGCCGAGGCCCGGCGUACCGACUCGGGCGGGUGAGGACCAUCCAGACCAACCAGAGGAACCAGACCAACCAGACCCACCAGAGGAGCCCGAGCGCCGCCCCCGAGGUCACCGUGCUGCUCAGCUCUAACAGCAGUGACGUCGGCCGCCGCGUCCCGGUGUCCAGCGGUACGCAGCAGCUCCGUGUGGAGGCGAGCAGCAGACGCAGGGCGGAGCAGACGGAGCAGUUCGCCCAGGCGGACGCCAUGGCGGGAGACGACCCGUACAACCCGUACAAAAACUCCAACUAUUACCCCUGGUACAACUACUACAACUCGUACUACCGCCCACGACACCGCGUCGCCCCACGCCACGGCUACGGCACCAGCUACCACCAGCACGGUCUUCCAGAUUUGGUUCCAGACCCGGUUUAUCUCCAGAGUGGUUCUUACGUCCAGAGAGUCCCGAUGUACAACCUGCGCUGCGCCGCCGAAGAAAACUGCCUCUCCUCUUCUGCUCAUUUCUCUCAGGAUUAUGACACCAGAGUUUUGUUGAGAUUCACUCAGAGAGUCAAGAACCAGGGAACGUCCGACUUCCUCCCGUCCCGACCGCGCUACGCCUGGGAGUGGCACUCCUGUCACCAUCACUUCCACAGUAUGGACGAGUUUUCUGUGUACGAGUUGUUGGACUCGGGGAAUCGCGCCGUCGCCGAAGGACACAAGGCGUCGUUCUGUCUCGAAGACACGUCCUGUGACCCGGGAUAUUACAGACGCUACGCCUGCACGUCCCACACCCAGGGUCUGAGUCCGGGCUGUUAUGACACGUACAGCGCAGACAUCGACUGUCAGUGGAUCGACAUCACAGACGUGUCUCCGGGAAAAUACGUCCUCAAGGUGACGGUGAACCCGCGACACCGAGUCCCGGAGUCGAACUACAACAACAACAUGGCCCGAUGUGACGUCCACUACAGCGGCACGAGUGUACACGUGUCCGGCUGCUCCAUCACAGCGUGA